CGUUAACAUAAUCGGAACCACGUCACGCUGAAGGUGGACCGCGUCCCGCUCCCGGGUCUAUAAAGCCCGACACUUGAGGGGGAGAGGCGAGCGAGCGAGGACCUUCUGCCCAUGGACCUGUGGAGCUCGGUCUGCGGCAGGUUGGCGAACUAGGGGGCCCUUGCUCAGAGGAGAUGUUCCCGCUGGCCCAGUGUGGCGCGCCGCCGGCUCUGGCCGCAGCCCUGGCCUGGGUGGUGUCGGCCCUGCUGCUGCUGCUUCUGAGCCAGCAGCUGUGGAGCCUGCGCUGGAGCCGGACCCGGGACAAGCAGAGCAGCCUGCCUCUGCCCAAGGGCUCCAUGGGCUGGCCCCUGGUGGGGGAGACCUUCCACUGGCUCUUCCAGGGCUCCGACUUCCACAUCCUCCGCAGAGAGAAACACGGGAACGUCUUCAAGACGCACCUGCUGGGCAAACCUGUGGUCCGGGUGACGGGCGCCGACAACAUCCGGAAGAUCCUGCUGGGCGAGCACACGCUGGUCUGCACCCAGUGGCCCCAGUCCACCCGCAUCAUCCUGGGGCCCAACACCCUGGUCAACUCUGUGGGAGAGCUGCACAAGAAGAAGAGGAAGAUCCUGGCUAAAGUCUUCAGCAGGGCGGCGCUAGAGUCCUACUUGCCUCGGCUGCAGCGUGUGAUCCAGUCGGAGGUGGCCAAGUGGUGCGACCACUCUGGCUCCAUUGACGUCUACGUGGCGGCCAAGUCGCUGACCUUCCGCCUGGCGCUGCGGGUGCUGCUGGGUCUGCAGCUGGAGGAGGAGCGCGUGGCGUAUCUGGGCCGGAUCUUCGAGCAGUUAAUGGACAACCUGUUCUCCCUGCCCGUCGACGCGCCGCUCAGCGGACUGCGCAAGGGCAUUAAAGCUCGCGAGAUCCUUCAUGAGCACAUGGAGAAAAUCAUCGAGGAGAAGCUGUCCCGACGGCAGGAUGGCGACGGAUACCACGACGCCUUUGACUACAUGCUGUCCAGCGCCACGGAGCUGGGCCACGAGCUCCACGUCCAGGAGAUGAAGGAAACGGCGGUGGAGCUGAUCUUCGCCGCUCACUCCACCACGGCCAGCGCCUCCACCUCCCUGGUCCUGCAGCUGCUGCGCCACCCGGCGGUGGUGGAGCAGGUCAGAGCCGAGCUGGAGGCCGAAGGCUUGGGCCGUGGCGCAGAGGAGGAGGCGGAGCCAGGCCCUCUGACCCUGGAGCGGCUGAGCCAGCUGCGCUACCUGGACUGCGUGGUGAAGGAAGUGCUGCGCCUCCUGCCGCCCGUCUCCGGCGGCUACCGCACGGCCCUGCGCACCUUCGAGCUGGACGGCUUCCAGGUGCCCAAAGGCUGGAGCGUCAUGUACAGCAUCAGGGACACCCACGAGACGGCCCAGGUCUUCCACAGUCCCGAGCUCUUCCAGCCGGAGCGCUUCAGGCCGCCGCCGGAGGAGAGCCGCGCCUGGCGCUUCAGCUACGUGCCCUUCGGCGGCGGAGCGCGCAGCUGCGUGGGCAAGGAGCUGGCCCAGCUCAUCCUGAAGACCCUGGCCGUGGAGCUGGCGGCCACCUGCCGCUGGAGCCUGGCCACAGAGGACUUCCCCAGGAUGCAGACCGUGCCCAUCGUGCACCCGGUCAGCGGCCUGCACGUGGACUUCUCCCGGCGCCGUGGGCUCUAGUGUCCAAAGACCUGGAGGAGCCUCUGGGACACCUGCUGGAGCGCAGUGUCCAGGCUCCAGCGCGUCCAGUCGCGUUUGUUGUUGAUGUAAAGAAGGAAGCUCAGGUGGGGGCGCUGUGGAGCUGAAGGUUGAGCAGGCAGAGCCUCUGGCCAGGACAAGAUGGCCGCCACGGCGGGCCAGCUCCACACCUGCCUCUGUUUCCUGGAUGUAGAAGCUUAAAUGUGAAAUGAAGUAGCGAGCUGAGUUGGCUCAGACGCAGAAGUCCUCCUGCUGGUCCUCCGCCUGCGUCCACUUGUCCUCAUUGUGUCUGCUGUGCGGUGAAAUCAAUGGUCUGGGAUC